GCGCUCAUAUCGCCGGAAAACGAAGAAAAACUCGCUCCUAUACGCGAUAAGGCCUGUUCUACAAUACGUCGGAUGUCGCUAGUCGCUAGUCGUAUGUUGUAUGUCGAAUGUAAUUACGACAUGCCAUUCUACAAUUGAGUCGCAAGUCGGAACAAGUAUUUAAGGUUAUAUAACAAUGGAAACUGAAAUGUUAGGCAUUUAUUUAAAUUUGUUAUCAGUUUGGACGCAAAUUACAAAAAUUAGAUUACGUUUAAGAAAAAAACAUAAACUAACAAGAAGGUGAUGGGUAAUACCACAUAUUUCUAUAAAUAUGAGACAACAUUUUGGUGCUCAUCAAAAAUUAUUUAUGUAUUUUCGAGUGAGUGAUCAUGAAGAAUUCUUUAAACUUGUAAGAAUGUCAGUUCAACAAUUCGAUAAUUUGUAUGAUCUUCUAAAAUCAAAAUUACGAAAAAGAAGUCGAAGCGAGCUUUUACCAACAGAGAUACGUAUUGCAGUGACAUUGAGUUUUCUUGCUCAUGGAGAUAGCGUUACUACUACUUCUUUAUUUUUUCGGAUUGGAAGAUCAACUCUGUAUAGUAUUAUUCCUGAGGUAUGUAAUGCUAUAUGGGAAGUGUUGCAACUUACAUAUCUCCGAUGUCCACAAGAAGAGAAUGAAUGGCUAAAAAUCGCAGAUGAAUUCAAUAAUAUGUGGGAAUUUCCAAAUUGUAUUGGGGCAAUUGAUGGAAAACAUUGUCGAAUACAAGCUCCACCAAAUUUACAUAGCGCUUUUCACAAAUAUAAGGGUUAUUUUAGCCUUGUAUUAAUGGCUAUUGUGGAUGCUUAUUAUCAUUUUAUUUGGGUUGACAUUGGAGAUUAUGGUUCCCUGAAUGAUGCCGGAAUCUGGUCAAAUACUGCAAUGAAGCAAGCAUUUGAAAACAACAUAAUAUCUGUGCCAGAAGUCCGUUGUUUACCUAAUACAAAUUAUCCAUUGUCGUUUUCUAUUGUUGGGGACGAAGGUUUCCCACUCAAAACAUAUAUAAUGUGUCCAUAUGCAAAAAGAAAUUUACAAAGUAAUGAGCAAAAAGUAUUUAAUUAUCGAUUAUCAAGAGCACGCCGAGUUGUCGAAAAUGCUUUUGGUAUUCUUGUGGCACGAUGGCGAAUAUUACAAAAACUUUUAGCUCUGAAAUUAAAUACUGCAGAGAAAAUUGUGCAAGCUAUAACUUGUUUGCAUAAUUAUAUUAUGAGUACCAAUUUACAAAAUAAUUCUUAUUUCCAUGAAGGAAUGAUAGAUCGAGAAAUAGCUGAUGGUGAGAUAAUACCAGGAAGUUGGCAAAAUGAAAUAGAAGAAAAUGGUUUUAUGAAUCCUGUAGGACGAGUUGGUGCCAACAUUGGUACGGCUGCUGCUAUGAGACAACGCGAAACUCUCGCUCGAUAUUUUGUUUCAGAGGAAGGGAGCAUUCCAUAUCAGUGGCAAUGUAUAUAAUAAAUUAUGAUAUAUAUAAAUUAUAUAUAUGAUGUAUAUAAUAUAAUGUAGGGAAUGUAUAUAAUGCAAGGAGAUUCAAUUUUUUA